AAGAAUCUAUUAUGUUUUAACAUGUCAGGUUUAUAAGCAGCAUCCUUCUCAUUGCUCUCGCGUCUCCAGCAUAAGCUAGUGGUAGUUAUGGUGUCAUUUGUCAUAUUUUUUUUAUUCUUCCUAAAGACUUGUUCAGCUGUGAUAUAUAGUGUAAACGAGAGCGAAUAUGCCACAUUCCCCGCACUGUACGACCUGGACGACUUCGAGACAUGCAUGCUGGAGCCAGACGCCGUGUACUGCGUGGGCGACUACGACCUCUUCUCCGAUGAACCGUCCGAACUCAUGAGGAUUCUGCAGGAAUAUUCAGAGCACACUCUCAAACAUUUUAAUCACACACAAAUACAUCGCGGGGUUUGUGUCAUGAGAAGGUGUAAGAAAUUUUUAAAGAAACAUGCAACAAACAAUACAUUGGACCUAGAAUCGACGCUUACAGCGUGCCUUAAUGAUAGUGUAUGGAAUGAUUAUGAAAUUCAAGCGAGACUGAAUAAUAUACAGUAUUGUGAAAAAGCUGGUGAAAAGAAGAAAUUAGACUACACCGACGCAAUAACGGCGACGGCAUAUUUGAUUUUAAUAUUGUUGAACGUAAUCGGCAGUUAUUACGAUUCUAGGCUUAAAAAUAACAAUAAUGAAGGCAAAGGGAAUCCAUAUCUAUUAGCAUUUUCCGUGCGUCGAAAUUGGAACAAAUUGAUUGCUCCGAACGAAAGAGGAACGGAUCCGCGCAUUGAUAGGCUCAAACUGUUUAACGCACUAAGGGCAUUGACUAUGGUCUGCGUAUUCUUUUCACAUGCGAGUCUAGCAAUGUCACAUUGUUACAUAGCCAAUCCGCUUUUUGUCGAAAAGUCGUACGAAGACCCCCUAAAGCAGAUACUAUUCAAUGGAACAUUAGUGACGCAAUCCUUCUUCGUGAUGUCCGCAUUCCUACUGUCGUACAACCUUCAAAUCUAUAGCGAGAAACAUACUAUUACGUGGAUGCAUUUCCCGAAAGGAGUGUUACUAAGAUAUCUCAGACUGACUCCAAUCUACGCCCUGAUGCUGGGAACAGUUGCCACGUUUAUGCGAUACCUGGGCGAAGGCCCACUGUGGCAGCUGAUGGUGACCAGCGAGUCAAUGGCCUGCAGGAAGUACUGGUGGGCGCAUAUGUUCUACUUCAACAACUACGUGUACGAUGACGCACUGUGCUCUCCACAGACCUGGUACCUGGCAUCGGACACACAGAUGUUCUGCGUGGGCCUGCUGUUCUGUGUGAUGGCGAGGACUCCAAGGUCUAGGAAAAUAGCACUAUUCAUGCUGAUGGUGGCCUCAUUCGCAGUAGUGGCCGCGCAUACAUAUUAUCAAGACUUGAACGCUGUGGUACUGCAAACACCCGAAGCAUACCGUACUAUGUACUCGCACGACGAUACCUUCCGGUUAAUAUAUACACGUGGUCACACCAACAUGUCCACGUACACCCUCGGCCUGGCUGCAGGCUUCUUCACAUACUACUUGCAAACCGAAAAGAAAAACAUAAAAAGCUAUAAGAGUUUCCGCUGGUACAUCUGGAUGACUUUCCCACUGUGCGUGAUGGUGAUACUGUCCGGGGCGAUCUUUUACGUGGACGGCAGCCAGCCGUCGACCGCUGUUCGAGUGCUGUACGCCACCUUCUACAAGUUCAUCUUCCAAAUAUUCAUGGCUUCCUUCAUUAUUGGCUGCAUACUUAAAGUUGAAUCUGUGUACCGCGGCAUCGUGGAGUGGCGCGGCUUCACAUGGUGCGGCAGGGUAUCCUAUAUUUCUUUCUUCGUUCACACGUUAUUCCAGAGAGCGUACCUUGGAUUCCAGACCACGCCUUAUUACAUGUCCGGAUUCAACAUCGCCACUUUAUUGUUCGCGACAGUAUUUGUUUCGUUUGUGACCGCUGCAUUACUUUGGAUCACGGUGGAGGCGCCACUGAAUGCUGUCACGAAGGCCCUACUAGAACCGCAACGUCCACGGCCUCGGUCAUCACCCGCCCAGACAUCACUGACCUUGUCAUCACCGCCAUCGUCAUCACCAGUACUAACACCACCGUCUCAAGAACAGAACGGUCAAGCUUAAAAUACUGGAAAAUAGAGUUUUAUUUAUACAAAAAACAUGU